AUGGCUCCCUCAAGACCGCAGACGCCUUCAGGGAAUAAAGACCCCGGAAACCAGCCUGUCAGCCCAAAGAGAGACACAGACAAGGGGAGUGGAAAUGCCAACGACGGGAGUUCUGAUGCCAAACCCCCACCACUUCCACCCCGGCCGCAAAAGCCGCCCCAUGGGCAGCUAGAUGCUGGUUUGAACCCUUACUCGGCAGCCCAUAAACUUCAGUCAGGACCAACUACAGCUCUUUCACUGGCAAAUGUUAAUGUUCAGGCCUUGGAUGAUGUUACCCGAGAGAAUUAUGUAUCUCUUGCAACAGCAGCAGGAGGAGGCCCUGAAAGGAUGGUGAGACCAGCCACCUCCGGUACUUCCAGGCGAGGGAGCAGAGUGGGAAUCGACAUAGGAGAUAAUGGCAGCGUUCGAAGCUUUAUGCCUGAAAGUGACACUCCCUUUGAUGCAGGGAGUGUAUUUGGCGAUUUCGGCGGCUUUGAAGCUGAGAUUCCAUUCAGAAACGCAUCAAUGAAGCCUGGAGAAAAACAGUCUAUUUUCAAUGCACAGUCUCGAGAAGAUGAUAUCGCUGUUGAGUUUGAGGAUGAGUUUGAUUCAGUUGACAACUCGAAUGAGGGAGAGAACGAAGGUAUACCAAUGACUCCCUGUUUACCUAACCUUUGCAGAGCUAACAUAGACAGAGGAAAAACUCGAAAAGUGGAGGAGGAAGAAGAAACAUUUUUUCAUACUCUCCUCAGCCGGGAAACCUAUAUAUACCCGCCACGGAGAUAG